GCGCCGUGCCGCAUACGGAAUGAGGGCGCCCGGCGGCGGCGGGCUGCCCAGCCGCGGCUGAGCCCAGCCACUGGCGCGGCGCGGCCGGGCGCGCGCACUCGGGCCGCGGCGGCGGGAGCGGCCGCGCCGGGGCGGGUAGCGGGCGGCCCGCAGCGUGCGGACGCCGGCCGCGGGCGUCCUCUGGGCCGGGGCCCGAUCUUACUGGAUCUCUGUCUAAUUGAUCCAUGUUUCCGAACCCUUCCUUGUAACCUUCGCAAGCAGCCAGAAUGAAGUUGAAGCAUAACAUCAACCCUGUUCUUCUACAGCUUAUAAACUUUAUGAUCUUUGUGUACACCUUUGUAACAUACAUUCCAUGGUACAUAUUUUCAGGAUCAAGGCAGGCUAUAGCAAAAGCCAAGCAGGUUAAAGCUAAACCUGUGAAUAACAAGCCUGGGGGUGCGUACAGAUCUGUUAACAGUCUACACUGCUUAGCUUCUGUUUUGUAUCCUGGGUGUGAUACACUCGACAAAGUUUUUAAAUACGCUAAAACUAAAUUUAAGGACAAAAAACUCUUGGGAACACGUGACAUCCUAAAAGAGGAAGAUGAAAUCCAGCCAUCAGGAAAAGUUUUUAAAAAGGUCAUCCUUGGCAAGUACACCUGGCUUUCAUAUGAAGAUGUAUACAUUAAAGCUGUUAAUUUUGGAAAGGGCUUAGCAGUAUUGGGUCAGCAACCAAAGACUAACAUUGCUAUCUUCUGUGAGACUAGAGCCGAGUGGAUGAUUGCAGCGCAGGCCUGCUUUAUGUGCAACUACCAGCUUGUUACUCUAUAUGCUACUCUGGGAGGCCCAGCAAUAGUACAUGGCCUAAACGAAACGGAGGUGACCACCAUCAUUACCAGUAAAGAACUGAUGCAAACAAAAUUGAAGGAAAUUGUUUCUCAGGUUCCACUGCUGCGACAUAUUAUUACAGUGGAUGGCAAACCGACAACGUGGUCAGAGUUUCCCAAGGGUGUCAUUGUUCACACUAUGGCUUCUGUGCAAGCAAUGGGGGCCAAGGCAGAUAUGGGUAACAAACAGCAGGCUAGGCCUGUGCCCUCAGAUAUUGCGGUGAUCAUGUACACAAGUGGAUCCACAGGAGUUCCCAAAGGAGUUAUGAUCUCCCAUUGCAACAUCAUUGCUGGGAUAACUGGAAUGGCUGAGAGGAUUCCAAAUCUGGGGGAAAAAGACAUCUAUAUUGGCUAUUUGCCUCUGGCCCAUGUUCUGGAGCUGAGUGCUGAACUUGUGUGUUUGUCUCAUGGAUGCCGCAUUGGUUACUCUUCGCCUCAGACAUUAGCUGACCAGUCCUCUAAAAUAAAGAAAGGAAGCAAAGGUGAUGUUACCACACUUAAGCCAACCUUAAUGGCAGCUGUUCCGGAAAUUAUGGAUCGGAUCUACAAAAAUGUCAUGAAUAAAGUGAAUGAAAUGACUAGUUUCCAGCGGAAUCUAUUUAUAUUGGCCUACAACUACAAAAUGGAACAGAUUUCAAAAGGUUACACUACCCCACUCUGCGAUAGCCUUAUUUUCCGGAAAGUACGAAUGCUGCUAGGUGGAAAAAUUCGCAUCCUGCUUUGUGGAGGAGCUCCACUCUCCGCAGCAACUCAGCGGUUUAUGAACAUUUGUUUCUGUUGCCCUGUAGGACAGGGGUAUGGACUGACUGAAUCAGCUGGAGCUGGAACAAUCACGGAAGUUUGGGACUACACUACAGGGAGAGUGGGAGCACCUUUGGUCUGUUGUGAAAUCAAGUUACUGAACUGGGAAGAAGGUGGAUAUUACAACACUGACAAACCAUAUCCUAGAGGUGAGAUACUUAUUGGAGGGCAAAAUGUGACUGUGGGCUACUACAAAAAUGAAGUACGAACCAAGAAAGAUUUCACUGUUGAUGAGAAUGGACAGAGGUGGCUGCAUACUGGAGACAUUGGAGAAUUUCAUCAAGAUGGAUGUCUAAAAAUUAUUGAUCGUAAAAAAGAUCUUGUAAAACUCCAGGCAGGAGAAUAUGUUUCUCUUGGCAAAGUAGAAGCAGCUCUAAAGAAUCUUCCACUGGUAGAUAAUAUUUGUGCGUAUGCAAGCAGUUUCCAUUCUUAUGUCAUUGGAUUUGUUGUGCCAAAUCAAAAGGAGCUCGCAGAACUAGCUCGAAAGAAAGGAUUUAAAGGAACCUGGGAAGAGAUCUGCAACAGUCCUGAGAUGGAAAAAGAGGUACUGAAGGUGCUAGCUGAGGCUGCCAUGGCAGCUAAUCUGGAGAAGUUUGAAAUACCAGUAAAAAUUCGUUUGAGCCCUGAUCCUUGGACCCCUGAGACUGGUCUUGUGACAGAUGCGUUCAAACUAAAACGCAAAGAGCUUACGGCAUACUAUCAAAUGGACAUUGAUCGAAUGUAUGGAAAAAACGUAAAAUAAUUCUUUUUUUCUGCACCACUUUGCUACAAUGAGCUUGGAUCAAAUAGGAAAUACUUGAAUUGCCUGUCUCGACACUUGAGAUCAACACAGAAAACCACCAUUCCUCAUUUGCAGCUUAAACUGUUAUUUCUGAUAACAUCACCAUGAUGACUGGCAAGUUUAGUAAAAUGUUAUGGCAGCAAACUUGUGUCUGUCUCCUUUUUUCCAGUUUUCUUUGCUACCUUGUCAGUCUGUGGAUUUUCCCGGGUCUUUUUGGGAAGCCAUGAUUCUGAAGCCUCAAGUUUUUAAACAUUUAUAAAUCCUGUAUAAUGUUUUAUUUGUAUCUUUAAAAUUUGGAUGUAUAUAGAGAGAACUUGGCUAUAUAAGAAAUGGUUAUACUGGGGCCUUUUUUUACCUAAUUAUUUAAAGUUAAGAAGGUAUUGAUGUUGUGACAUUAUGUACAUUGAAAAUGCUUGUAACGAGAUCGUUGUUGAACGGAGCACCAGGUUAUUUGCUGCUGUGCUAUUUUUCCUGUGUAAAUCUGAGGGAAAAAAAAUGUUUUGACAUUCCAGGUCGUGUAACACACCUUCAAUAUGUGCCUAAUGGUUACUUUUUGUUUUUAUCUGAAAGUGAAAAGAUGGUCGUGGCACAGCUCUGCAUAAAGGCAGGUACAUUUGCAGGUGUUAGUUAAAGCUUGUUUAAUACAUAAGAUGCUAUUGACACAGCAAAAGCUAAAUGUAAGAAGAAUCUUUCAAAUACAGAAACUCCUUUUUUAAAUAGCUCAUGACAGUUUUAUCCAUUAGAAUUGUAUAGAGCUAGUAAGAGCUCUCAGCAUUAAUUUCACUUAAAACUUUGUACAUUUAACAGUGUCCUUUUAGCAGAGGGACUGCAACAACUUCAGUGUUUUCUCAUUAGGUUUGGACAUUACACUGGGUUUCCUCUUUCAUUGCUUGUGAAAGUCUGGUGAGACCCCUCUUCUGCCCUAGCUACAACCCAAAUCUUACUUGGGGGGAUUUUUAAAGACAUAAUGACAGUUAUGUUCUCAGCUCACUUGGUGCCUAGCUGCCCUUUGUGCCGUUAAAAAUCUCCCUUUAAUUCUGUGGGUUUUUUUGUUUAGCAUUUUUUGGUUUAAAAAACAGAUAUUUGAAGUAUUUGUCGGCCAGAGUUAAAGUUGCUUGGUUUGUUACACCCAGUUCUUACUUUUUGGGAAGGAGUCUCAAUUUCUGAUCUACUAUAGAUAUGUGAAUAUUGUUUGAAGAGCUAUGGGGGAUCUUUUCUUCAGUGAGAGUGUUUUGAUCUUUCAGAUGUGAAAUCUAUUUUCAAAAUAUUUCUGGAAAGACUGUUUUAACCAGUUACAUGAGAAUGUGAAAAUGCAUACAUCAGUCAACUUUGUGAUGGAGCAAAUAUUUUAAUAGCUUUAGUUUAGAGAUUAUUCCCUCAUGUGUAUCACAGUACUACAAAAAUUGAGGUCUGAUGCUUGCUGUAGUACCCUACUGUGGUAGCGUCUAGCAAUUCUGAAUGGCAGAAGUGUUUGGGGCAGAGUUCCUGCUGUUAGCGUUUGUGACGUGGGAGUUUUGGGAGAUGAUACACAAAUUCUCAAAUAAUAUUUUGGAGGGUUUUUUAAACUAAGUUAACACUUCCCUGUUUGUGAAAAGCAGUUUCAUAGGAGUUGAAACUUAUCAAGUAGGUUCCCUGUACUUUAGCUUUGAUGAAAUGGUGAGAAGGUUUGUGCUGUAUUUUGUGACGUUACCAUCUCUCGCACUAUUGGUGGAUUUCCCCCACUGCUGCCUAUGAAAAACUGUUACCUUUUUGGAGAAUUUGGUGUAACUAGUCAAAUGGAAAUGUAAGCAACAAAAAGAAAUCAAACCACUUUUAUGAGAUUAAUGCCUAUAGAUAUCUAGAUCAUAAAUUAAAACCUUCUGGCCAGUAGAGAUAAGACUAAUGUUGGAAAAUGAAGAAUCUGAAUGUGGAAAUUGCCAAGUCUGUAGGAAAAUGUCAGAUCAUAUAUUAGACAUUACUAAUACUUAAUCUGUGCUCCAUCAACAUGUUCUUAAAUAGCUGGCAGUCAGCACAGGAUGUACUUUGUUCAAGUAUUUGUGUGAUUUUCAGUGAAAACUAACUAGUUGCUGAAGUACUAUGUAUAUCACUUGGUGCAUUGUGCAGCAGAUUUAAGAAAAUCUGCUUUUGGUUAAUUCAGGAGAAAUCUGAAGUUAUUAUUCUGCUAAGGGUCUAAACCCACUUCUGGAUAAGUUGCACAAAUUUAAACUUCUGAAAUGGUUUGGAAACAGUAGUUCUGAUUUUUCCUCUAAUCCAGUCACAGGAUUGCGUUACAGUCUAACUGUACGUUUCAUUUUGCAGUUCGGUUUUUAUAUUUAAAAUGGAAGUUGAUAAAUAUAUAGUUCCUCCUACUUCAGCAGUCAUAUUCAUUGUGGACAUUUAUUUCUUCUUCCAAAUGUGAAAAUACAGCAGUUCAUUAAUUUUAAUCUCAGCAUUGGAGAUAGACAUUUACAAUACUUGUAUGGGCUUAAAAUAUUUGUGAUGAGUAUGUGUUUUCUUUUGAUUUAUAACAAAAGACAGACUUUUAAUACUGCUAGGUUGAGUGCUUCCGCAUCCCGUUGAGGCCGCUUGUCCCAUGGGUGCCCGUGCUUCUCGUUAAUUGCCCAGGGCUGUUAUGGGAUGGUAAGUCACAGCUGCUGCUCAGAUGUAGGGCUUCCUUGCUCCGGCAGUCGUACUCCUGUGGGCUGCUAUGCCUGUCAGAUACUUUUGGCUGCCACCGUCUUCUCACCUUGUGUUCUUGCAUUGCUGAGCAGAAAAACAGCAUCAGGGAGGUUUGAAACCCUGUGUAGAUGUGCUACAUGCCAGCCAGGAAUGUACCUAGUCUCGCUCCUUUUUUGUUUUCUUUUUUUUUGUGUGUGUCUUCCCAUGCCCAGUGUAACAAGAACAACAGAAGUACCUGCUGGAAUGUAUUGCGUGUGUCCCAGAGGCUGUGGGCAGCUGUAGGGUAAAUUAGGAAGAGUGCAUGGUUGGAAGUAAUGGUCUCUGUCACGUGGGGGAUUUUGUAAUGUAAAAAGCCGGAACUUUUAAAUAGUCUUUCUGAGUUCAAACUAAGAACAAGGGGCAUAUAUCUCAUCUGAGGGGCCCCCCAAAAGAGGGGAUUUUUAACAAAGCUUUUGUAAAUAUAAAUUUCCCAGGACUGAAUCAUCAGAAAUUGUAACUAUGUAUUCCGUUGUGAAAAUUUACAUAUUUCGUUAUAUAAACAGCGACUGACCGAGAAAUUCCAAGGAUGCUGUGAAUCUCCUUUAAAUUUCCACAGUUAUUUAAAAAUAUUUCAGGACUUCAGGCUAAGUUCAAUCUAGAUGAUGUAAGUGUUCUUUGCAGAGAGCAGUGUUUCUGGAGCAGGUGGGGACAUUUAAAAAUCACAUGUCAGAAAAGACCUUGCAGGUUUACUGCUGCUGCUACUGCAGUUCGCACACAAGCAGGACCAUGCCUCAAGGGGAAGCUGUAUCUUAGCAGUAAAAUAUUUCUCCCUGAAACAAAAGCAAAAAACAACGUACAGCUGAAACUAAGAACAUAAUGCAUACACCUAUGGCCUACUGGUUUUAUAGAUAGGAUGCGGACAAGGGUAUGGAAUUGAAACCAUACAUCAAAAACGUCCUAUAAAACUUGUAACUUUAUACAGAAAUUACUACGGGACGCAAGAGUCCUUUGUAAUAACCUUUAUCCAGCUAAAAAUCACAAGCUUUUAUUCUGUACUGAAACUACAUUAAGGUGAUGCAACGCAGCGUUUUUAAUUUUUAUUAAUGUGAUGUAUUAACUACUUUGGACUGGGUAUAAAACAGUGAACAUCUAUUUCUUUACUGGUAAGAGAAACAAUCUCCAACUUGCAUACACCGUGGACCAGGCUGAAACGUUAAUUGAAUGACCAGUUGUAUAUUAUUGUAAUUGGUUAUUUAAUGUAAACUCAUUUUCGAUGUGAUCUUGGUUGUUGCUAUGAACUGCCUGAACAUUGUAUAUCCUAAUUGAGUUUUAUUGUAUGAAUUAUUUAUUUGUAAUUGGAUAUCAUAUUUCAAAAAUAAAAUUAAUUUCACAAAUUGGG